CUUUUUUUUUUUUUUUCUUUAUUAUUUUUAUUAAAGAUAAUGUCAACUGCUAUUCCUUCUGCAGCUGGAACCACUCCACAGCCUUCCGGUUUACAUAGUCAGAUGCCGCCUGGUGGUCCACAGGGCUAUGCUAAUGCUCAAGCGCAGGCACAGCAUAUCUUUAGACAAAAACAACUUUUAGCUAUGAAGCAACAUCACUUGCUACAGCAACAACAACAUAUGCAGCAGCAGCAACAGUUGCAAUUACAGCAACAAUACUUGAAUCAACCUCAGGCUACUGCCGCACAGUUGUUGCUAAGAAAACAGCAAAUGCAACAAAUGCAACAAAUGCAAUUCUUGAGAAGUCAAGAACAGCAAGUACAAAUUCAACAGGAGCAACAACAUAUGCUGUUACAACAGCAGCAACAACAGUUGCUCCUACAACAACAACAACAAGCUCAACAACAGCAAGCUCAACAGCAACAACAACAAGCUCAACAACAACAACAAGUUCAACAGCAACAACAAGUUCAACAGCAACAACAAGUUCAACAGCAAGCUCAACAACAGCAACAAGCCCAACAACAGCAAAGAGCACAAACAAGUGGACAAGCUGUACUUCGUUUACUUCAAUUUGCAGAACAGCUGAGUCCAGGUGAACAGGCUGCAGAUCGUUCAUUUUGGGAUAAUUUCGUCCAAGACUUCUUUACAUCUGCCAGUACUUUAAAGAUUGGCUUAUUCAACAUGGAAACAUCAGAAAGAAAAUCAUUUGAAGUGAAUCAAUCAUUAAUCGCAAGAUAUUUUCAUACUCAGUACAUGUGUGGUAUAAGCUCGAUCCAGAUGACGCUAGAAAAGACUGCAGAAUAUAUUUUCCCUGGUGAUAUCAUGAAUGUAGAAUGUCCAAGAGUCAGUCUUGUUCACAGAUAUGAAAAUGGAAUUCUGGUUAUGUCCACGGGACAUUUAAUGGCACAAUUUAUCAUGUCACCAGAAGGUGUUUGGAAGAUUGAGCAUAUGGAUUUUGCUUGUCAGAAUUAUGAAGAAUAUAUUAAUCGAGCAUCUAUCAAAACAGAACCAAUUCCAAACUCUAAAAAGAAGAUACCACCUCAACAUUCGGUCUUUCCUGAUUCACCUAUCAACAAAUGGGGCUUACCACCUAGAGUAUUUCAUAUAUUACAGAUCUCAGAUAUUGCAGAAAGACUUGGUGAGGUCGUUUUUCAUUCAAUAGUCACAGGCUCAGGACCAAAAGAGAGUUUAAAUGCCAUUGCUUUUCAUAAGCAACAAGAGUUGGCUAAAGAAAAUGAAGGAGAAGAUAUUAAACCUGAAAUAUUGAGUACAGCCAUGGCGCCAUCACCUAUCGUUAAAACUCAAACAGGCGUACGACCUCAACCAUUCACGCCUUUGCAACAACAACAAUUAAGGCAGCAGCAACUUCAAGCAGCUGCAGCUUUUCAACAACAAUUCCAUCAACAGCCUCCUACACCACAUUACCAACCCGCAUACCCCACAAAUAAUAACACUACUAAUAACAGCAAUCAAUUUAAUAGUACACCCACAACAAGUCCAAUGACACGUAAAAGAAACAGCAUAGCAAGCGAAAUAAAAUCACCAGCAACACCAAGAAAAAGAGUAAAUACAGGAAAUAAUAAUGCCAGAAAAUAAAGCCUGCCCCAAAAUAAAAAAAGAAAACCUUUGUGUAUAGUAAAUUAAAAAAGCUCCUUGCAGAAUCACACUUGACAAAGAAACGACAACAUGAAUUCAUUUAUACAUCUUCCCCUCUCCAUCUCUUUCUCUAUUUCGUAUUCUUAUUUAACGCAUGUAUACAGUUCCUAUGUCUCUCUCUUUUUUUUAAUAUUAUUAUUUUAUGAUAAAGAAUAAACAAUCUGUUUAUUUGAUCUUUCUUUGUGUAG